AAAUCUAUUGAGUAAAAUUUUUUAAUUAGUUCUUUAAUCAUAAGCCAUAGCUAUAGUCAUAUAGAUUUUCUUAUCUACCAUAAUAAUACAAUAUACUUAUUUACUAAUACCUAUAUUCGUAUAUAUUCAGUUCCAUACACAUAACUUACGUUCCAUAAGCUUCUUUUGUAAUCGAUUAGAAGUAAUAUUCCUCAUUGUUGCUAAUACGGGUUUUGCAACUACAUAUAGGACCACUUAAACAUUUAAACAAAAACACGAAUCAUUUUAUUAUUUUUUUUCUGUGCUCGUCUAAAUUCAUAUUUUGAAAUAAAACAAUUCAAUCUGAAAUAAUUAAUAAAUCAAGUAAUUCAUAUUCAACUAAUUCAAUAGAUAUCCCUUAUUAUCAGAUUUAUUACCAAGAAACAAUAUCGAAUUCAAAGAUUAUAAAUCAUAAAAGAUGGGUCUUUUAGUAUCUAAAUUAUUUAAAAAUCGAGAAUUAAGAAUAUUAAUGCUUGGCUUAGAUAAUGCUGGAAAAUCAACUAUAUUAUAUAAAUUGAAAUUAGGUAAAACAACUACUACAGUUCCAACAGUUGGUUUUAAUGUAGAAAAAGUGAAACAUAAAAACAUUUCAUUUGCUGUUUGGGAUUGUGGUGGACAAGAAAGAAUUAGACCACUUUGGAGACAUUAUUUUACUGGUACAAAUGCUUUAAUAUAUGUUGUUGAUUCUUCUGAUAUAGAUAGAUUAGAAGAAUCUAAAAAGGAAUUAUUAAGAGUCAUAAAUGAUAAAGAAUUGGUUAAUUGUUUAUUGAUUGUAUUGGCUAAUAAACAAGAUGUUCAAGGAGCUAUAAAACCAAAAGAAUUAAUUGAUAGAUUUUCAUUAAAUGACUUAUCAGCUGAUCAUACUUGGUCAGUAAUUCCAACUAUUGCAAUCGAUGGAACUGGUUUAGUUGAAACAUUAAAUUGGAUUUCAAGUCAUACUAAGUGAAAUAAAAUGAAAUGAAACGAAAUGAAAUACUUUUACUGUUCAUAUUAUGUAAUUACAAUUAACUACUUAAUUAGAUUAAUUGGUUCAACUUCUUCAAUUCCUCAAUUAUAAUCUUACAGCCAUUUAAAUCAAAUUAUGUUUAAUUAAUUCAAUUCUACUUUUAGAAAUUUACUUAUGCAUAUAUAUUUAUUUACUAUUUUAUAUUUUUCU